AGCAUUAUCCUAUUGAAAAGUAAAGAAUUCAUAAUUAUUGUGUACACCAUACGGCCACAGCCAAGAAUUGAGACAACAUACGUCAAAAUCAUAUAUAUAAAAAAAAAGGUUCCGUUUCACUAUCGCAUUUUGUUGUAUCGUGUGAGUAGUGCCUUGUGAGAUCAUACUCCAUAAUUUAAAUUUGAGUACGCAUGUGCUGUAGUAGAUUCAGAGCGGUUAUACAAAACAUAGCGUAAUACCUAUUGUCUAUUUAGUAGACUUGAAAUAUACCAUCAAGAAACAUUGUGAAAAACUCUUUGUCCCUUCUCCUGUUUUAAGUGAAAAAUUUUAUAAGUUCUGUGAAUUCAAAAAAAUCGAUUUUAUAAAAUAAGCAUGCGAAAAAGAAUUAAAGUGUUUCUAUUGUUGUGCGAUAAUAAUAGUUUGAGCUUUUUAGUGUAAAAAAAAGGAGUUUUUAUUUGUGUGUAAUUUUCCUUAAAAUUUUUGGUGAGAUAAACAAUGGCAGUUCCAUUUAGUAUUCCUGACGAACAAAAUGAUUCGGAUAUCAUUUUAACGCAACGUUUAUUGGAUUUGUACCAAUUGUUGUAUGAAAUUUUACUACAAAGACAACCGUUAACGCCUUUAGAUGAUACAUUACAAUCGGUUGUAAAUGAACAAACUGAAAAUGAAGUGGUAACGACCUUAGAAACGCCUUUUGUGGAAUACGAUGUACAAACGCAAGUUAAAAAGAAAAAAGUGAAUCGUAGACGAUUUAAAACGGAGGAAAUUGUUGUGCCAGAUGCUCCUGUAGUGCCAGAACAACGAUCCAUUUGUCCGGAUUGGAUUGGGGUUGGACGAAAUUUACGAAAAAUUGCUGAUAAUUUUCAUAAUUCAAAGCCAUGCAAUGAACCAGAAGUACCAGAAUAUUUCACCACACAAAAUACCGAUUUAUUAACCACAAUUGUUUCGCUAUCACCAUUUCGAGAUUCACUUUGGUCGGCGGUAUUCGUUGUCGGGUAUCGAAUUCUAAGUAAUAAUGCUCGAUAAAAUCAAAUUUAAAAAAAAAUAUUUUAAA